AUGCACAACUACGAGUAUAAGGUCGCCGAGGGCCUACAACUUGCGGCCCCCUAUGACCGCCAAGUCUCCGAAGCUCCACAGCCGUUGGAUGAGCAAUCUCGAUACAGCACCAACAACAACUGGCACGAGGCCCCUCAAGUAUUCAACAACGAGCCUAAAUGUCUAUCAGAGCCACGGCUUAGUGCUGGUGCUCUGGGGACGCCGUUGACCCAGACUACGACACGGAAUGACAGCUCUGAAGGAAGCCCAGAGGUAUUGCAUAGGUGUAGUAAUAUUCCUCGCGAUGCUUUCAACGAAGAACUACGUCCUGGUGGCGAUGGGCAGCGGAAGCGUGCAAAGAUUUGCGGCUGCUCUACACGCCUAUUUUGGAUCAUUAUGGGCUUGGUCCUUUUUAUCGUGGUUGGAGGUGCAAUCGGUGGCGGUGUUGGCGGCAGCCUAGCCGCAAAGAACAAGGAACGCUCCAACGCUACCGCAGAGACGGCUAUUUCAACAACAAGCACACUGAGCUCUGAAACCGCAACUGCAAUUCCACAUACAACUACCCUUGACAGAUCUAUUUCGUCAACAAAUCCCACGCCAACUACUUCGUCUUCUGCAACUGGAAUUGAAAGCUUCACCUUAGCACUAUACGACGGCGAAGACUAUGGCGGUGCUACACAGAAUGUCUCUACUACCGGCAAUUACACCUUACCGUUCUUGGCCGACAGUUAUGUCUGGAAACCUCUUUCGUCCGAUUGCUGCGUGCUAUUCUGUCGGGACGAUCGAG